AUGGGCAUUCAUCGCAAUACCACUCUCCCGGUUGGCAAGGUCACCAUCAAGAGCAAGCACUCCCUUGUCUGUAUAAUCUGUGGCGCGCGGAUCGGUGUGUGCUGCACGGGAGCUCGUCGCAAUGCCUUCCAGGAGACAACGCUACCAGACGGCUCCGUCAUCCCUGCGGCAAAGAUCAAGCAGAAGCAGUACCCCUGGGUCCGAUACAGCACAGAGUCGACUUUCUUUUUUCGCAUAGUCACCAAGGAUCCAAAGACCCACCAGCUCUCCGUAUCACAGAUUGGCAGUCCGAGCACUCUUGGUGUUUCCGGGUGGACAUUGAGGGCCCGGUUCCAAAACCCGAAUGGGAAGCGCAGAUGGUGGCCUGCCUCGAUAGACACAGCGUGCAUCCUGUAUACAGAGGAAAUGCAACCCAACCGGAAGCAAUAUCCGGUAUCAUAUGCUGUGCAUGUCGACUGCUGGGAAUUCCUGGAUCGAAUCAUCGGCCACGAGGCCGUCCAGGGACACUGGGAGUCUUUUAUAGACAUAACGCUGGCUUUCUGGCUUUCGAAUAUAGACCGCUUCGGAUGUUGGUACGCUGAUGGCUCGCGGAGGGCAGCUUCUGACAAUCGGAGUCGAGAUACCGUCGACGCGGUGGUCAACCCGCAGGACCCCAUCCUUCCCUUGGUGGUGUUGAAACAUGACGCCGCGGUCCUUGUGGGAUAUCACCCAACUGUACAUGAGGAUUCAGGCCGGCUGGGUCUCCCUGGCAUGCACGAGCUGGCGAGCACAGUCGUGCGGCCUCCCCGGCAAAAGAGUUACUCGCGACAACCACAAGACACCUGGCCCACCUCGACAUACCAGUUGAGCUCGCCAUUAUGA